CUUUACACCCAAUAAAGCAAUUUGCUUCUUUAUUCUGUUCUUGAAGAGAGAACAACUGUUUUGGUAGCUGGGAAGACUGAGGAGAGUAACAAAUGAGGGUGGAUUAUGGUUGUUGAAAGUUGGCUAACAAUCAUUAGAGGGGUUUCUCAAAAUGGGUCAGGACCUUUUCUCUUUUUGUCCAACCGAAGCGAGGAGAUUGCUAUGGAUUGUGGGGAUGUUGUUUGCUUUAAUAUUGGUUCUCCAGCAUCUUGAACUUCCAUAUGGAAGUCAUUUAUCAUCUGUGCUUUCGGCUAGACAGGUUCCAGUGGAGAAAAAUAGUAGCUUCCAAGCCAGAGACCCAUCAUCUGUUGUUAGUAUGGUGGGAAAUGAGUCGGUUAUUAACCGACUGGACGAUACUGCUACACAUCCAUUUCAUGAGAUAGCUAUCAAUAAUAGGACUUCUGUUAUGGUAUCAGAUGGAAGUGGAAGCUCAGAAAGAGUUUUAGAAAUAGAUGAGGAUGAAGAUGAAUCUGGAAGUUUGGUAAAGCAAAAUACAACUUUGAGUGAGAACAGUGUAAAGAAUUUGCAAACUUAUACAGUACAGGAGGGGGGUAGAAAACCUGGAAAUUUGGACAAGGAUAAUACUACCGACAUUACACUUAAUACUACAGACCCAGGUGGAAAUUCAAAUGCCAGUAUUCCAACCAAUCCACCUGCAUACUCGCCGGUGAAUCCAUCACUCAGUACAUCUCCUGUAGUUGUUGAAACAGAUGUGGGAGCUCCCAUUAUAUCUGUCGACUCAAAUGUGACUUUAGAGGGGAAAGAUCAAACACCCCCUCCUGAGAAAACUGAAAAUUCUGAGCCACUGCAUAGUGGCCUCAAUGAACCAGGAAAAGAUUCUUCAGUGACCGGAGUCCCUGUACUGAACAAAGUGCCAAAGGUUCCAGCCUUGGAAGUGUAUACAAUAUCAGAUAUGAACAAGUUGAUACAUCAUAGUCAGACCUCGUACCCUUCAGUGAUACCAAAAUGGUCUUCAUCAGUAGAUCAAGAGAUGCAAGAUGCAGCAUCGCAGAUUGAGAAUGCUCCCAUUAUAAGGAAUGAUCGAAAUCUUUAUGCUCCAAUUUAUCGGAAUGUUUCCAUGUUUAAAAGGGGCUAUGAAUUAAUGGAGAGCACUCUUAAAAUAUACGUUUACAGGGAAGGACAAAGACCUAUAAUGCACACACCAGUACUCAAAGGGAUAUAUGCUUCUGAAGGAUGGUUCAUCAAGCAGCUGGAAGAUCACAACAAAUUUGUUACUAAAGACCCCCAGAAAGCGCACCUUUAUUACUUGCCUUUUAGCUCUCGGAUGUUGGAGGAAAGGCUAUAUGUGCAAAAUUCACACAGUCGUAAAAAUCUGGUACAGUAUUUGAAGGACUACCUGGACAUGAUUGCAGGCAAAUACCCUUUCUGGAAUAGAACCGGGGGAGCAGACCAUUUUCUUGUUGCUUGCCAUGACUGGGCUCCAGCAGAGACAAAGGAAAUUAUGGCCAAGUGCAUUAGAUCCCUCUGUAAUGCUGAUGUAAAGGAAGGCUUUGUAUUCGGCAAGGACGCAUCUCUUCCUGAAACGUACAUCCAGAAUGCUAGGAAUCCUCUCAGAGAUCUUGGAGGCAACCGUCCUUCCAAGAGGUCAACACUUGCAUUUUUUGCCGGCAGCAUGCAUGGUUAUGUAAGGCCAAUUCUAUUGCAGCACUGGGAAAACAAAGAUCCGGACAUGAAAAUCUUUGGCAAGUUGCCAAAGAGCAAAGGCAACAAGAACUACGUGCGUAAUAUGAAGAGCAGCAAGUACUGCAUUUGCGCAAAGGGUUACGAAGUGAACAGUCCAAGAGUGGUAGAGGCCAUUUUCUACGAGUGUGUGCCAGUGAUCAUAUCAGACAAUUUUGUGCCUCCGUUUUUUGAAGUUCUGAAAUGGGAGUCAUUUGCUGUUUUCGUAAUGGAGAAAGAUAUCCCAAAUUUGAAGAACAUACUACUUUCAAUUCCAAAGAAGAGAUAUCUACAAAUGCAGAUGAGGGUGAGAAGGGUACAACAGCACUUUCUGUGGCAUGCUAAGCCUGAGAAGUAUGACAUUUUUCAUAUGAUACUCCACUCAAUAUGGUACAAUAGACUCCAUCAGAUAAAACCCAGAUGACACUGAAACAUUCUACUCCUGUAAAUUCUGUGUUCAGAAAGCAAUAAUUUUUCUUUUUUCUGGUGUUGAA